AUGUCUCUUACCACUCGACAGCAAGACUUCAAAUACUCGUUCACCGAAUGCGAUGGCGACGGCCGAUGGCGGGUAUCGGUGCCCAUCAGCCCCAACACGUGCGUCGGCGGCGCCCCCAACGCGCCCAUACGUGUCCCCAAAUGCUACAUGUCGUGCGAUUCCGGGCACUUCUUAAACACGUCGGCGCUCUCGUGCUACCCGUGCGCUCCCGGCUCCUACUCCCUGGGCGGCGGCAUCCGUAUCGAGUCGUUCAACACCUCAUUGCCGUCCGGUUUUCACGUCACCACCUCUACGAUCAAUACGUCCGGCACUUGUACUGUGUACUUAAUAUGCGGUGUCUUUGUGGUGAUGAUCACCAAAGGGUGGAGAGUUGUGUCGAAUUACAUGGAAUCGCAAUCCAAUGCCACUAACGAUGGCUGUGUGUCGAAGAUGUCAUAUACGGUACGAGUCGUGAAAAAAGGCAAAUUGAGUUUCCGGUACCAGUACUCCAUACCGGACGACCUCACGAACGCCAUACUCUUCACGUUUCAAUACCACAAUUACGACGACUCGGAUGGCGACCAGGGCUUCGACUCGACCGUCAACUCCAAGUUCCCGGCCGCCACUGAACAGCAGAAGUGGAAAGACAUCCAAAUAGAGCUGUCGAAACCGGGACUGUAUGUGUUUGUGUGGCGAUCCGUACUGAUAGGCCGUUCGCGUGGAUAUUUCCCGAACACUGUAGGCCUCCGAUCGUCGAUAUUUGGCGGUCGAAGCGCUUCUCAUUCCGACUCCGGGUUCAUACGAAUCAAGAAUGUGUUCGUCGACGGCGUGGCCUUUGCCUCGGAGUGCACGGCCUGUGAACCGGGAACCUUCUCAGACACGUUGGGCGCCGAGAUGUGCACUCCCUGUCCGCCAAAUACGGCGUUCCCCGGGAGAGGUGCCACGAAAUGCAAUGAUUGCGAUCCGCGCGACAAGUAUUCGCCCAAAGGGUCGGCCUAUUGUCUACAGAAACCCAUUUGCGGCCGCAAUGACUACUACAGCAUCGACUCGGACUGCGAUCUCCAGAGGCGUCGCAAACGUAUUGAUUACAAAUGGAUUGAACCGCAGAUAUGUCGCGACACUAAUGGAGUGCUACCGAAGUGGGAGUACAAGGAGUGUAACGACACGACAAUCGCCGACAAACUCUUGGAUUCGUGUAAUUUGGGCCAAGAGUUGACCGACGAUAGGAAGUGCCGCUUCUGCGACGACAAUCACUAUCGCGACGAGACUAUGGAUAGUUGCCGGUCGUGCCCGCCCUCCACCUCUCCCGCCUACGCUCUGUCCUAUAAGGUGUGGCACCCGUUGCCCGAGUUUAUGAGCACAGAGUGCGUGCGAAUGGUCGAGGAGUCGGAGUACGAGUGCGAUUCGGACAUCUCGUGGCAGUCCUACCCGGACGUCAAGCGCUACAUACGGACCGGUCCGUCGACACAGUUGGGCGCCUACCUGUUCCUCACGCUAUCGCUGCCGGGCUUUCGGAAGCAAAAUGGCGGCGAAAUUACCUUCAAGUUUGAGGUGGAGUGCGACGCCGGCGACUACUGUCUGUUCCUGUUUAUGGAGAGCCGACGUAACGCUAAACUAUCGCAACAGACGAACAUCAUUAAGGAAUGGGACCACAAGUCGAUUGGUGUCCAGUCAUACAGAUAUCAAAUACAACAAAACAUAUCCCUGUCUUUCAGUUGGAUUUUUCAGAGGAAUUACAGCUUUCAGAGCAACGCCAAGAUCUACGAGAUAACGGUUACGAACCCAUUGGUGGGCUCCGCCAUCAGAUGCAAUCCCUGUCCCCUGUCGAACGUCGCCUAUUGUAUUACCUGUCCGGCCGGUCAGUACUUCGAGACACUGGAGUCGAAUCGGACGGAGAAAAUGCACGAAAUCGAGAGCACUCGCAGUCGGAACCGAUUGGCGUCCAAAGUGCUCCAGAAGUGCAGACAGUGUCCCAAAAGCACUGUAAUCAACGCCAGCAUAGCCUUCCCUAUCGGCGCCCGUAACUCAUGCGUCGAGUGCGGCGUCGGUCUAAUCGACGACCGAGGAGUGAGUUGUUAUAGCGACUGUCAUCUGGACAUCGAUGGCGACUCGUUUGACUUGAGUCAAGUGAAGCAGCCCUUCCUCCACAGUGGGGGCCGACUGUUCACAGCGAGCGGUACACAGUAUUACCAUUUGUUUAAUAUAACACUCUGUGGGCGACCGGACUUUCGCGCCAAUUGUGUCAACAACAUCACAGCCAUCGAAAGCGCCGGCGAUAACGCCGACGCCACUGCCGAAGAAUACGGCAUCCGAUCGAUGAUCUGUCGGUCGACGAUAAUCCCCGACAGGGAGCAGACGUUCGCCACGCAAUCCGUCAGUUUAGGCGACCAAUUGAUAGGCAUAACCCGCGCCACCACCUACCAGAACAUUACCGUUCACGAGGAGUUCCAGACAACGAACAGUGAUAUACACUUCUACUACUCGACUCGGGUGCCGACCGCCGCCUGUCCCGCGGGCCGUCGCCUGACGCUAACCCUGCGCUGUGCGCCCCAACUCGAGCGGAACCUGUCGAUCGCGACGCCCACCGCGUGUCCGGACGGCACGUGCGACGGCUGUACUUUCCAUCUGCUGGUCAAGACCAAGACGGCGGCCGCGUGU